GCAAAGUGGGGUUGAUCACUUGUAGACGUCACAUUCAAAAAAGUAAAGGCAUUCACGUGUAGAGUCGUCUUUGGGAGCGUGCACCAGAUAAUUUGGUGCAGUCGGCGAAGAACCUUUGAGAUAAGAAAAACACAAAAAAACUAAAAAUGAAGUGAUGUUCCUCUUAAGCCUUAGCUCAUCUCACGGAUCUUGCCACUCUUUCUCUCUAUCUUCUUCCUAUAUAAUUGGCCUUUGACCAAGUUAAAAAGGGCCAUAGAGAAAGGGAAAUUCAGUCAUUUCGCGGAGAGAGGCAGCGCAAAGCAAAAUCCCGUUGGUAAAACCAGGAAAUAGGAAUUGAUCUAUGGCUUCUUGGAAGAAAACCAUCACAUCACCGUUCAAAAAAGCCUGCAAUUUCUUCAAUCAGCAACCAAGGGAUAAGAAGUCCCAAAGAGACCAUGAAGACCGUGUCAGGGAUCUUCAUGGGGAGGUGAUGGCAUGUGCCUAUGAGGAUGUUCAAGUCAUGUGGUCGAUUCUCGACAAGUCCAAGUCCAAAGCCUGCAACAUCAAUCCAUACGAUGUGCAUGCCGGAUCGGUCAUCUCAUCUUGUUCAAGUGAUGGACAAUAUAAGUAGAAAUCGAUAACUAAAUUGGGAAUUAGGAGAUUGGAAGGCCGAUUUCGUAGGAUCAGGAUGCCCCUUCGACUUUAAUGGAGGUGGCUGAUGAAAUUAGUAAU